GACACACCCAAAAAGGAAAUUCUGCAAAAUCUCCAUAAAGAAGUCGUCCAAAAAGGAAAUUCGCCCAAAGCGAAUUUAAUUUCUCCUUUUAGGGAUGGUCACGUUUUUGGGAUCGACACAAAUCCUAGAAAAUUUAG